AUGAAGAGCAACGGCAACCAUCAUUAUGUGCACGAUAAAUAUGCCUACCGUACUGCUGGCAUUAUGGCAACGUCGGGACAGUUAGGAGUACCGGGCUCAAGGUCAGCGCUUCCGCUCGCGCUUCGUGGCGACGCCAUCCACAGAAAAAGCAUCAAUUCGAAUGUACAAUCGAACUAUACAGAUCAAAAUAAAAAAUCAACAUUGUCACUUUCAUACGACAUUGUCCAUGUACCCCGUGAGCUUUGCCUGGUUGGAUGUGUCUUCUACAUUGCUGACUACCAUGGAGAAGUAACAGUGGAGACACUGCAUGCUUGGAAGAGGGUCAUUCAACAGCAUGCUGGAGAGGUUGUUCCGAUCUAUGACUCUGCACGGGUUACUCACCUUCUCUGCAAACACCAGAAGUCACCAGUGUUUAUGCAAGCAGUGCGUGAAAAUAAACGCUGCAUUACCAUAUUUUGGCUGAAUGAUGUUCUUCUUAGAGGAAAAAUGGCUCCCCCAUGGCAGGCUAUACACCUCCCUACUCCAUUUGGAAAUGAUAACAAGCCUUGCAAAGAUCUCAUAGUUAGUGUGAGUGGAUUUGAGAAUGAAGAAAGAACCAUCAUCAAGUUAAUGCUACAAUUGGUAGGCGCCAAAUAUACAGGUUAUUUUUCAAAACAUAACAGCCUUCUGAUCUGCAAGAGGUUGGAAGGAGCAAAGGUAGCCAAAGCAAAAGAAUGGAAGCGUCCUGUCGUGAAUGGUGUGUGGCUAAGCGAGGUGUUGUUGGGGCAAAACACACCUCCACUAGUCUACCAUGGGACACGUUAUCAGCAUUACCUGGAUGAUCCUCUCCGCAUAGAUCCUUCACUCGCAUCUCAUCUCUUUAAUGCCUGGAAAUACCACAUAAGUGUUUCUAAAGAAUCUGUUGAAAAGGCCAAGGCAAUGAGGGAAAUGGCAUUAAGAAAGAGAAAAACAGAGGCAGAUGGGGACCAAGAGAACAAACGUGCUUGUCUUGAGCCGCCUCCAGCUCCACAUCUGGGAUCCACUCCUUCCCAAACUCCAACACAACCCACAGCACCUUCCCAGUUACCCAGCACACCCACUGGUGGCCCACCUCAAACAUCCUUACCUUCUAUUAGUGGCUUUGGAGGCCCACUGACUAUCAUCAACAAAGAACUCCCUCCAGAACAACACAGACCUCGUAUUUUGUUAUCAAGUAUAAAAAAUAAGGAAGAAAUUGAAAGGAAAUUGCUUGAAUUAGGUGGUUACUUGGCUAAGACGAGCAUUGAAGCCACUCACUUAGUUAUGGGGAUAGGCACUGCUCAGAGAACUGUAAAAUUUAUGUGUGCAAUAUCUUGCUGUAAAUAUGUAUUGACUCUGCAGUGGAUCUUGGAUUCCCAUGCAGAAGCAAAAUUCUUACCUGAAGAAAAAUACAUUGUGGAGAUGCCAGAAUAUGAACGUGUUUUCCAGUUCAGCCUGAAAUCCACCUUGAUGAAGCCGAAUAGACGACACCUAUUUUCAGGAAAGACUUUUUAUCUAACUCCUUCAGUUAUCCCUGGUAGAACCUGGUUACGGGAAAUUAUUGAGUGUGCAGGUGGAACUGUGGAGAGUAAAAGGCGCACACUAAAGGAAAUUAAAGAAAGAAAUAAGGAUGGUGCUCAUCAGUAUUUGACUAUUGCUACAAUAGCUGAUAGUCAUCUGGUGCGUGAUCUUCUACAAGAAGAGAUGCCUGUGUUUAAUGCUGAAUUCGUCCUUGGAUCAAUCUUAAAGCAACAGAUUGAUGUAAAAAUGGCACUCUAUGUCGAUGAAGAAUAGGUUAUAGCAAGAUUUUCCUGCUUUGAAUAUAGAUUUUUCCUAUUUAUAUAUAGGAAUACUUCAUUUCUCUUUUCUUUUCUUUAUUUAGUUGUUAUUAGUUUUAAGCAGUCUGCCAUCUCAUCACAUUUAUUCAUGUAUUAUCUAACAUUAUAUUGGUUUUAUCAGCUUAUUUCUCCUUAUUAAUUCAUAAUGCAUUACCCAAGUGAUGACAGAAUUUAAUUUUUAUUUUAUUUUUAUUAUUAUUAUUAUUAAUUUUUUUUUUUUUCACUGUCAUCUAGUGGCCAGUGAAGAGUUGUUGGUAGCAAAUGUCACAUUUUGACUUGGAUUUUGUUAUUUGGUUUUAGAAAAAGAGAUUAUCUUAUUAAUUUAAAAAUUUCAAAUAGUGAAAUUUGUAAGAAUGAUAGGUACAUGACAUUGCUAAUUUAUCAUGAUUUCAAGAGUACUUGCUAUAUCAUACUGCAGUUGUAGUAAUGGAUGUGAUUGAAUGGUAAUGGAACUUGAGUAGCUCAGUGAAACAACUGAAUAAUUAUAAUGUAAUGGUGAUAGGUUAAUGUAUGGAAAAAUAAAGUAUUUUAAUGACACCACUUUAUGAAGGAAUAUUUUUUAUGAAUUGUGUAAUAAAAUUUGAAGAUAA